ACUUCGUGAGCUUCGUGAUUAGGUGUCGCUGGUAAAUUUGACACUGACUGAUUUGUAGAUCUUAACCUGUUCAAUUUUGUGUUAAACCAAUGCUCCUGGUUAAACAUUUUCGUAUACAGCGUCCAUAUGUACUGUUCAUUAAAUUCUUAUAUUUUUUGCGUCUCAUCAAUAAUUGAUUAGUAAGCUCUCAGUUUCGGCGCAAGAUGAAUAAAACAACUUUAGUGAACAAAUAUCUGGAUUGCGCAAAGCUACUGAACAGUGAACCCCUGCCGGAUAACCUCUCAGAGAUCUUGAUCGACGUGAUCGGCGAUACAAAAUUAUUUGCUGAUAAACUAAUUUUGGUCCGUAGCGGAAACAAUUGUGAUUCGAAUGCUGGCGUCCAAGAACGAAGAUAUAACACAAGAAGCAAAUUAGGUCAAAUGACGUCGCCUCCUACGUCGUCUGUCGUAAACACUUCGUCAAACAUAACGGAACUCAAGCCGAGAGUAAUCGUUAAGAGAUUAGUGACGCUGAAUGGAAUCGGAUCAAUUCAGGAUGGAAUUCAGCAUGAAACAGAGACGAGAACUACAUCUGAAUUACCAGAUAAGGUGGAGACAGUCAAGCCACCGACUCCCGUAAGAAGACUAGUUCGCCGAAUGCAGUCCUCUGCGAUAAGCGAAUCCGAUUCAAGUGAUUCCAGCGAUGUGAACCACGAAACAGGCAAGCGACAAAAAUCUGAAACACCAGAAACAGCGAACUUAAAGCCACCGGCGCCUGAAAGAAGAGUAGUUCGCCUAUUGCAGUCUCCUCGAAUAAUCGAAUCCGAUUCAAGUGAUUGUAACGAAGUGAACCUCGAAACACGGAAAAGACCAAGAUCUGAAGUACCAGAAAAAUUGAACUUAAAGCCACCGGUCCCUGUAAGAAGAAUAGUUCGUCGAACACGGCCCAGUCUAAGACGUGAAUUUGAUUCAAGUGAUUCCAGCGAAGUGAAGCUUGAAACAUUGGAGAGAGCACCAUCGAAAAUACCACGGAAAGUGAUUUUAAAACCACCAGCUGCAAGAAGAAUAGUUGGGCGGAGAAAUACCAUUCAUUCCCUCGUACCAAACGAAUCAGAUUGUAGUGAUUUCUUUGAAGUGAACCUGUUCAAUCGGGGUCUGCAUGACGGCUGCGUAAUUUGUUGAAGCAUUGGAAAUAGAAAAUUCCUUCACUUUGACUUUGAAGAUAUUUGGCGGUCAACGUUCUAGAAUGGAACGUUUUAUUGUUGAACAAUUAGUGUGGAAUUCGUGAAAUUUUGAAUGGCAUGAACUGUGCUUUUGCACAACUUGAAAUUUUGUGAUUUAUAAUUAUCGUCCUUAAUGUACGUCAAUCUCUCUGAUUUUUUUUUUUUUUGAAGAUAUUUGUGAUUGAAUCUGUUCAACGGGUCGUUAAU